UAAGGAGGACAAAGAGUCCAUGGAUCGUGACCAUGGCGAUGGUCUUGCUGAGUUCGCCUGUCUUGGCGGUUUUUCGGUGGUUCAAUCCAUCGUUGUUCUAGAGCGUCGUCGUAGGGAUGCGGUGGAUCAACUGAAGAAACUUCAGAAGGAUUCCGAAUCAUGGCUGUCCGAGAAACGGAAGAUGGAGGAGGAAGCUGGUGAAGCGACGGGUCUGAUCCAGCAGCUGCGCUCAUCCGCUGCUGCCAAGGGUCGAGAGAUCUCUGCUUUAGAGGCUCCGGUUCAGAAUUUGUCUGAUGAGAUCCAGUCUCUAAAGUCUUCUCAGAUAUUCUUGUGAAGGAGAGGGAUGAUCUGAAAAAAGAGGAGGAGCGUCUCCACCGGCGUCUAGGCGACUCUGGGAGCUUUUAUUCCCAAGUCAUGACUCAGUACCAAUUGGCAAUUGGGGCUAAGCUGCUCGAGCAGAAUCCUGGCAUCGAUUUUUCUGGGGUUAAUCAACUGGAUCCUACCUCCUUGGCGAAAGAGGUGAAGGCGAAGCUAGAUAAGCAGAAGCAAGAUGCUUUUUAAAAAGUUUAGCUUUAAUCUUUUUGUUUUGAUUUUUGUAUUGGAUCGAGGCUGAUCCUUUGUAACCUUUUAUGAUUAAUGUAUAAAUGAUCUUUUUUGACCAUUGAUCUUCUUUCUUUAUUUAUUUCCAGAGUUAAUCUAAA